UUAACAACAUACUUAUGCAUUUGUUGCAAUAUAUUUUUGUAGUUCCGCUACGAAGAAGAUGCUGAGAAAGGUGUGAAUGACCUCAAUAACCGUUGGUUCAAUGGUCAACCAAUUCGAGCAGAGCUUUCUCCUGUAACUGACUUUAGGGAAGCUUGUUGUAGACAGUAUGAAAUGGGCGAGUGCACACGUGGUGGUUUUUGCAACUUCAUGCACUUGAAACCUAUUUCAAGAGACCUCAGGAGGGAGUUAUAUGGGCGUCGCAGAAAGAAAAUUAAAAGGUCGCAAUCAAGAAGCCGUAGUCGAGAAAGGGACCGACGUCGCUCAAGAAGUCGUAGUCGUGAUCGUGGAGAUCGUAGAGAUCGAGAUAGAGGACGCGAUAGAGGACGUGACAGACAAGGGAGAUUUUAAACUCUCAGAAUAAUUGUGUUAGCUUUUCUCUAUGUUGGUAUGUGUAGACAAAAAAAAAAAGAUUAAACAAGUACUGUAUUAAAAAUUUUAAUAAUCCAAAUGGUGGUUACUGUUACUAAUUACUGUAGGACUAUAAUUAGCAAACUAUACAAACACUUUAAAUAUUUAAACUAGAUGUUUGUGGUCUUUCAAGUUACCUGUAUAACACAAAUAGAAGCCAUAUACUAAUAAAUGUGAUGAAAACAAGUACAGUAGAAUGGGUAGCACCUUAUGACUUUGCUAACAAAUUUAUUUGGGACACAAGCUUUCGCUAGCUAACUUUUUCAGCUGAGCUACCUUGUGCUUGUGUCUGUAAUAAAUUUGUCAGUCAUAACAAGGUACUACUGCUCAAUUUGUUUCUCUUUCAGUGGUCACAUCAAAUAAUUGUUAGAAGAAUGAAUAGAAACUUUGUUGUUCUUCAUCAGUCGUUGCAUUAAAAUGCCAUUCAUUUUUUGUAGUUUAAAAUUUUGUUAGAUUUUA